UGUCUACAGUUAUAUCCAUCUUUGGUGGGUCUCCUGCCUUGGGGCAAUGAGAUGUCUGUUCUCCUUCAAGAGAACAGACAAGGAGAACUCCCAUUUUAGUUCUGAUUUCUGCCAUAAUCCCAUGUCCUUCCCACUCCCCCAAAAAAUGUUUCAGAUUCUGAAUAACAGAUUGUAUUAUUUUGAAGAAUGUUACUCUGGAAUACUGCAUGUGGUAUCAUUUACUAUGUAAUUUUCCCUUUAGCAGACAUUACUCCUCCCUCUGUGAAGUACUACAUUUUGAACUGUCUGGCAAGGCAGAAAUGAGCCACUUGUAUGCUUUAUUCCUUCAUGAACUUCUUAAAGGAUAUUUUCUCGACAUAUCAGUGCCACCAUAGAUUCAUAAAAACGGGGAAAAAGUUCCUGUUUGAACAUUUGGAAUUUUAAGAUCUGUCUUCAUAUUAAAUUGAGUAUAUGUUUCAUACGUGCUAUGUAGCUAUACUCAUCUCUGAAGUAAGUAGGGAAUCUUGUUAUGAAGGCAUAACAACCUAGUAAUGAAAAUUAAAUGUAAGGUCCAUAGAAUCACUACAGUUAGGAAUAUUCUUCUGCAAAAUUUCAUAUUUUUUAAUCACAAGAAUAGCACCAAUUGCUAAAUAGAUCUCUUCUGUGUAAAUAGUGUUUUUGUAAGUGUGUUUUGGCCUACUGCAUUUUUCAUUCUGUAGAAGAAGAGACAAACUACUCUUCUGGGAAUGGAAGGGACCUUUUAACAUUUUUAAUAGCCUAUUUUUGCUUAAGAAAGCAGUUUUACAUAAAUAGUAUCAGUUCUUUUUGUAACAGUCCAGUUCCGACCCAGAUAGUGAGACCAGCUGCUACUGUUGUCAGGUUUGUCAGCUAUUGGCAACUUUGUCGAGAGAGACAAGUCUGAUCCAGUUAUCUGGGAACAGAGCUUUAAUAAGGCAAAAAUAACAAACAGGAUGCCAUGCACUCCACCAGGAGAUGGACUGGAAAAAACAGGGUCAAGGAACAAGCACAGUUACUUAUAUAUUGGAGAACAGGGAGGCGUUAAGGUGGGGUCUGGGGGAAGGGUCCAAUAGGGAAAGAGAAUUAGGAAUAUUACAGUCACUGUGGCAAAAAGUAGCCAAUAGUAACAAGAAGAACAGGGAACCUUCUAGUAACAAUUUGCAUAGAAUAGUUAGGGGAAUCCCAGGGGUGAGCUUAUACAUCAUUCAAUUUAAAAGUUUUCCCACUGCAUUGGGUCAGGCUUCUCUUCUACUUCAGCUGGGUCAAUUCCAACACCUUUUAAAUAAUCUUAUUCAACUUUUGCCACCUUUGAAAUUUUCACUCUUUUCCUAGCUGUGAGUACAUUUAAGGAUAAUCUUUUCAACUCUUCAUAUGUUUAAAAACAUUUUAUAUUUAGCAAAAUUAUGUAGACUCUUCAUAAGAGGAGAAAAUGCAAGUAUUGGUGUAAAUAAUCGCACCAAAUUUUAGGCACUCUGUGGAGGUUUAGGAACUUAACAAGAAAGCAAGAUUGCCAGAGGUGAUUUGGAUUCCUAACCAUUACAUUUCUUUCUUCAUCAAUUGCAAAGGAAAUGGAGCUGGCCUCCUGCAUGGCACAUGUGUCUCAGGUAUCUAGAGCCCAUGGCUGGAAGAUAGGAGAGUGUGGGGCUGCUGUGGUAUCUGCUCCUCUCUUUUCUCAAGGAGGCUGGAGGGUUGUGUCUGCAGUGAUUUUUGGAUUGAAAACAAUGGGUAGAAAAGAUGCCUCCACAUCAAGGACUCCUGUUGACCAGUACAGGAAACAAAUAGGGAAACAAGAUUAUAAGAAAACCAAGCCUAUGUUAAGAGCUACAAGAUUAAAAGCAGAGGCCAAGAAAACUGCACUAGGCGUAAAGGAAGUUGCCCUUGUCCUUGCAGCUAUACUGGUAUUUUUGUUGGCUUUCUAUGCUUUUUUUUAUCUUAAUGUUUCCAAUGAAGUUGACCUUGAUCUGGAUCCAGAUGAAAACUAGUAGAUGCAAUGAAUCUAUCAUCAAGAUUUCUUCAGCUUCAACAAGACUACAUAGGAACACACAGACUCUUCACUGUAAGACAGUAAAUGAUGCCAUUUCUUUAAGUCUAGACUCUUAAAGAAGUUUUGCAAUACAUCAGUCAUAUUCCACAUCUCCAAAAUAAGAACACUUAUGCCUGGCCAAGUGUAUUUGUUUGACACCAAAGCCAGGAGCAACAAUACAAUACAUGAAGUUUGUUGUUUACAUUAUUUUUUUUCUCAGGCAGAGAAUUUUGAUUGUAAAAUACAGGUGCUACUAUUAUCAUGAGUAUUGAUGCUGACUUCACAGAAGUGUCUGCUUUGACCAAAUUUAGGAAUCAGAGCUUCCUAAUAACCAGAUUAGUUUUCUGUUCCUUUCUGAAAAGAAAGCAGAAAUACCAAAGUCUUUUCUUCAUUUGUGUUUAAAAUAUAUUAAAACCCCCUCAUCCUUUCUGUCCCUUUUAAUCUUUCUCAUUCAUGUGUGCACAUGCAUGAAGAUGGAAGACAUGGUAGGAAAAAAAUAUCUUCUUACAAACAGUCUGUCACCUUCUAUAUGGUCUUAAUUUUCUGUCAUUCCAGAUUCUGUGUGCCCGUAUAUCUACAGUAAUCUUUUUCAUUCUUUUGCCAACUGUUCAGCACACAUGUGUUCUGUUAGAAAUGGCACCUGGAUGACAGAAGCUCGAACAUUCACAUAUGCUUCUGAAACACAGUUCUUUGCCUCCUGUGCUGUCUGAACUAGUGUAAAUAGAAAGUUUAGUCGAUGUUAGUUUUAAUUAGUGUAUUGGUCUACUAUUCAAAUAAAGUCAAAAUUGUAUUUUAAUUAUGCUCUUCCUGAUGGUUUUGGUAUCAACUUGCUCUACCUGUUAGGGGCAUGUUGUAUAAAAACAUUACUUUUCAGCUGUACAAUCAUUUAAUCAUCAGACUAAUGUAAGAGGCUGUAAGUAAUAUGAAAACAAAUUUUUUUAUGGCAUACUAAUAACUUGUAAAUCUUGGCUCCAUUGCAUCCUUCAGUUCUUGCAAAGUACCUUUCAAAUUAGGCACUUUAGAUAGCAUUUUUGUUCCUUUUGGUAGCCAAAAGCUACUUGAAGAAUUUGGUGUGUCAGAGAAGCUGCAGAGAGCUUUAAAAUUCUGGCUUUAUCCUGUUCUGCUUUUUUUUUGGCAUAUAACUGAGCUUGUGAAUGUAAAGACUCAGUUUUGGUCCUCUUAAAAAUGUGAUCAGUCUUUCUCUGAGAUUCAGUUACGAUUCAGUUUAAUAUCAAGAACAUGUAGAGCCAUCGGUGCUGAAUGUGGCAAGGAAAUUUAGGUAGACUGACUUUAAGGAAAGUUUUCAUAAUUCUGCAGUUAGUGAGCUAGUUUGGUUUUUUCUUUGACAUGAAUUUCAGAGCUGAAUGUUAGAUUUAAUUGCAACUGAGGUAUUUACUGUCUUGUUCCUGAGAUGCCUGACUAAGAUUUUGUAUAGUGAUUUUGAAGACAAAGGGAUACAAAUCACAGCAAAUAUUAUAAUGGGAAAUAGAUUUCUUUUAAAUUGACACAGUCCCAUUAUCACCACUUAAGAAACUUGGAUCAAUACAGUUAAUUUUUAAAACAUACAGUAACUAUGACCAUAUACAUUAUGAGUCUCUAAGGAUACACUUCAUAUGUGUCUUAGUUUUCAUUUACUUUGUCAUGCAAAACAGCUCAUCUAGAAAUUCAGGGUACAAGUCUUCCAAAAAACAUAUGAAAGAGAAAUGUAGAUAUGCAAAUAUAUCUCAUUUUCUAAUUAUGACUGUUACAGACACAAAAUCUUAACAUUUAUGCAUGCUUAUGACUUAUAGUCCACUAUAAGUCACAUAUACUAGUCACACACAUGACCAAACACCUCGCAACUUGUUGAAUAUAUGGUGAAGCAUUAUCUGAAACAUGGCCCAAUUUCCAGUGGAGGGAAAAGCAUAUCACAAGCUGUCUCCUUGGAUGUGACAUGCCUUUCACUUCACCAGCAGCCAACCACAUGGCACAGAAGCUGCAGACCUGUCCUGUUACUUUACAUUAGCAGUUUUCAUUUUCUAUAACAUGCUGGAAGGAUUCCUUCCUUAAUGUCAGCAUACAGCUCUCCAGGUCAUGUAUGGUCUGAGAAAGAUGUGUAGUUACUCCCUUCAUGCAGGUCAUCUCGUAACCUGCUCUCUCAAUUGGUCACAUUAAAAAGCAAGCAAUUCUUACUGAAUGUCAAAUUUAUGAACAUGAAGUUCCUAAAACAGGAAUAUUCCAUUUCCCAUAACUAUGAAUCAGACCAAAUCUAAAGUGCGUAUGUAUGUGAUUCUGUCAGCUUCCCCAGUGUGUGACUUAUGAGUCCAUACUGCCCACAGUUUGCAGUUUGUCUGUUGUUUGGAUUAGGUCUUUCCGUUUGCAUGAAAGAUCAUAGAAUCAUGAAAUCAUUGAAUGGUUUGGGUUAGAAGGGACAGAAAAGAUCAUCUAGUUCCAAAAUCUCUGCCAUGGGCGGAGGCACCUUCUACUGGGGCACAUUACUCAAAGCCCCGUCCUGGUCUCAAACACCUCCAGGGAUGGGGCAUCCACAGCUUCCUUGGGCAACUUGUUCCAGUGCAUUACCACCCUCAGAAUAAAGAAUGCUUUCCUAAUGUCUAAGCUCAAGUUACUCCCUUUUAGUAUAAAUCAGCUAACUCUUACAUUGUCACUACAUCGUCUUGUAAGAAAUCCAUCUGUUUGUAGGCUCCCUUCUGGUACUAGAAGGAUAUUCUCAUGUGACAGGAAAAUUGAUUUUUUCUUAGACCAGGUAGACUUCUGUUCAUUGUCUAUGUACAAAAUACAUAGUAAGUAUUGCAGCAAAUGCACGUCUUCUCUUAUCAGUACAAUAAUUCCUAAUGGGACAUGUGACUUAUUUUGCUCUUAAUUAUAUCUGAGAUUGAAAUAUGCCUUUUGGAUUUUGGACCACUAAUCUUUGUAUGAGUUGCUCAGUCUCUAUUUUAAUAAAUGAUUUUUAUUCUAUUUUGAUUCUCUUAUUAAUGUUGAACACAUUGAAUUAUGUGUACAUUUGAAAGUACAUUAACGCAAUCUGAACAGCACAAUGUUCAAAACUAAGCACUGUUGUCAGUUUUAGAAUAUCUGGAUUACUUUAGGCAGCACUAACCACUAAACUCAUAUUAAAACUAAAUGUGGCCUAUGAAUACUUAAAAGACAAUGAAGAGAUCUUCCUUUGGCAUCCUACCCAAUACUAAUAGAUCAGAUCUCUUUCUGGAGUUGAUCCAUGCAGUUCUAUCACUUCAGUCUUACAACACUUUUUUUAUUAUAAAAUUACUAAUUGUAAUUUUAUAUGCUUGUUUCAGAGAAGGCUUGCUGAUCAAAUAAUUUACACAGCAACCUGGCUUAAUGAGUUUUUUCAAAGAUAUUCACCUGAAGGAAAAGGUAGACACUGGUAGUUGCCCUCUACUCCUGGAGUAAACUGAAUUUCUUUCUAGCAGGGGUUAUGGAGGAGAUGCCUAUACCGACUCCAUGUGCUGUGGGUAGGAGCAGAUGUCCUGUCUGGAAGAAUCUCUGGCUAGGAAGGUGUAACAGUCUUCCAGCAGUGAUUUUGCCCAGUAAAUCUUGUAGGUGGUGUUCCUUUUCUCUUUGACUAUUCAAAAGCAGAGCCAGUAUGUAGACCAUCUCAGGACAGAAGCCUCAAUCUAGUAUUUUAACUAGUGCUUCUAGUGAACCUUGCCAAGGAAAGGCUCUAGCUCUACUACCUAGACUCCAUAAACAUAUUUUACUAGGAGCUUAGGAGGCAUGUUAAGCAUUUCCCUAAUAGACUUUAGAGAUACAUUUAAACUUUUCUUGAAAAGUGCUGUAGUUCACUGUUGCAUGUCAUAUAGACAUCAUGUGAUUCAGAAUCAGCUCCUUCUAUGCAUCAAACCAGCUCUAGCAGAACUUGUAGACUGGGAGAUUGUGCGUUGCAGGUAACUACAACAUGAGCAAACUUAUCUGUUUACUUAGGUGUCCUCUAGAGCAGCUGACCUAAAAGUUUUGUUUGAAAACGUAGGUUUUGAACAACUCUACUAAAGGAAAGCACAGUGAAAGCCCUACAGAACUGUUCAUGCCUCUUCCAUGAAAGUUGCUCCUAUGGAGGAGGCUCAUCUGCUGACUUAGGGCCAACUUUUGAAUGCUGCCAUUUUCAGAAGAAAAAAGCUGAUAGGAGCUCCCAGUAGAGGGAUGACUGAUAAGGGAUUGUCCCUGUAAGGCACAACUGAGCCAGUUGGUUAAGGUCAAAUGCAUUCAGGAUGAUUCUCUGUAGAGAACUGUACUUGAAAAGCAGAGUAGGCAAGUUAGAGUGCAAAUAAAAAAGAUGCUACAGAUCUUGAUCGCAUUUCAAGUUCUACUUACAGUAGCAUAGUAAUUAGUGGUGCUUAUGACUAAGAAAAUAACAAUAUGGCACAUCAAUAAGACAGCAGAAAUGUGAUGUUGGAACUGCAUCCUAAAAGAUUUUACAGUGGAUUAUGCCUGCACUUUGGGAAGUGAAGCCAUGAGAUGAAUAAAUUGGCAAAGAUUAUCUGUGCUCUUAUGCUUACAGUAUUUUUCCCUGAAAGAGCCGGCAGAGAUAUUUUGCAGUACUUUUCCCCAUCAUCUUCUUAGUUUGCUGUAAUGCAUUUUUGUAGAUUUAUUUCUUUCUACACUUUUCUGAGAGUGAAAAAAUAUUUUUUUGAAGUUCAUCAAUUCAUUUAAUUGACAGAAUCCUCUACUCAUCCUUUUAUCCCCCCUUAAUCACAAUCAAAUUAGAGGGGAGACAGCCAAAAUGUUAGGUACCAGUGUCUCUCAAGCAGAUGUCACACCACUAUUUUUUAGCUCGUUUAAAUGAAUAAACAUGUUAAACUGUGAAGUAUUACAUUUUAGAUUUUUUCAUUAAAAAAAUGGGACAAUCUGUUUACUGUCCUUAAUUGAGACAACAGUCCUGGUGGUUGCCAGUUUUGGCAGUUGUAAUGAUGAACUAUAAAUAUUGGGACAGACUAACUGAUGAUUGUGGAGGAUAGUUCAAGUACAAUACUCAUUCUGCAUGAAUACUUUCUUCAGUGCUACAUUUUUUCUAGAUUCCAUGAUUGUUGUACUGGUUUUGCAUGUUAAAAGCAAAUAAAUACCUGACUAGUCAAUCAA